GCCGUGCUCUGUUGUUUGGGGUUCGGGCUGCCCGGAGGGGCGUUCUCGGGAGGUUCGCCGGUGCAGGCCGCGCUGACAGGGCCGCGCCCCGCCGCUCGGCCGCCCUUGGCUCGGUGCGCUCGCGCUCUCCUCGUCCCGCAGGCCCAACAUGGCGCAGGACGUGGCCGAGUACCUGAGCCAGAACCCGCGAGUAGCCGCCUGGGCGGAGACGUUGCGCUGCGAGGGCGAGACGGACAAACACUGGCGCCACCGCCGGGAGUUCCUGCUCCGCAAUGCCGGAGACCUGGUCCCCUCGACGCCCGGGGAAGCCGCGGCCGACGCGGAGAGCGGAAGCCGCCGUCGGCAGCUCCAGCAGCUCGUUUCCUUCUCCAUGGCCUGGGCGAACCAUGUCUUCCUGGGGUGCCGGUACCCUCAAAAAGUUAUGGAUAAAAUUCUUAGUAUGGCUGAAGGCAUCAAAGUGACAGAUGCUCCAAUCCAUACCACACGAGACGAACUGGUUGCCAAGGUGAAGAAAAGAGGGAUAUCGAGUAGCAAUGAAGGGAUAGAAGAGCCAUCCAAAAAACGAGUCAUAGAAGGAAAAAACAAUUCUUCUGUUGAGCGAGAUCAUGGAAAGAAAUCUGCUAAAACAGAUCGUUCGUCAGCUCAUCAGGAAAACAGUUCGGCAUCCACAGGGUCGUCCACCAAGUCAGAGAGUAGUGGGGCGUCAGCUCGGAGCAGCUCUGGUGUCUCUAAUCAGAAUAGCUCCACGAGUGAAGGAGAUAGGUCUGUUUGCAGCCAAAGCAGCAGCGAUUCCUCUCAGGUAACAACAGCGGGGGCUGGAAAAGCUUCUGACCCAGAAGCUGCAGAUAAACAUGGCUCAGCAUCAUUUGUUUCUUCGUUGUUGAAAUCCAGUAUGAAUAGUCAUGUGGGCCAGUCCACUGAUUCUAGACAGCAGAGUGGAUCACCUAAAAAGAGUGCUGUGGAAGGUUCUUCCCUCUCGACUUCUCAGAGCAGCUCAGAGAUCGAGGUGCCCUUGUUGGGUUCCUCUGGAAGUUCAGAAGUAGAGUUGCCAUUACUGUCUAAUAAGUCUAGUUCAGAGACAGCCUCAAGUGGGUUAACAUCCAAAACUAGUUCAGAGGCAAGUGUUUCACCUACAGUUUCUAAAAACAGUUCCUCCUCAGGCACCUCUCUACUAAAUCCCAAGAGCAGUUCAACCAGUUCUUCACUGCUGACUUCCAAAAGCACUUCUCAGGUAGCUGCAUCACUGUUAGCUUCCAAAAGCAGCUCCCAGAGCAGUGGCUCUAUGGCUUCCAAAAGCACUUCCUUAGCAAGCGUGUCUCAGCUAGCUUCUAAGAGUAGCUCUCAGAGUAGCACUUCACAGGUGCCUUCCAAAAGUGCCUCACAGUCCAGUGAGAGCUCAGUCAAAUUCUCUUGUCGGAAGUUAACCAAUGAAGAUGUAAAGCAGAAGCAGCCUUUCUUCAAUAGACUGUAUAAAACAGUGGCGUGGAAGUUGGUAGCUGUUGGUGGCUUUAGCCCCAGCGUGAAUCAUGGAGAGCUGCUAAAUGCAGCUAUUGAAGCUCUGAAAGCAACACUGGAUGUGUUUUUUGUCCCGUUGAAAGAACUGGCAGAUCUGCCUCAAAAUAAGAGCUCUCAAGAAAGUAUUGUUUGUGAGUUGAGGUGUAAGUCGGUGUAUUUGGGCACUGGCUGUGGAAAAAGCAAAGAAAAUGCAAAGGCAGUUGCAUCGAGAGAAGCACUGAAGUUAUUUCUCAAGAAGAAAGUGGUGGUAAAGAUAUGUAAAAGGAAGUACAGAGGCAGUGAGGUAGAAGAUCUAGUACUCCUUGAUGAAGAGUCGAGACCUGUAAACUUGCCGCCCGCAUUGAAACAUCCUCAAGAAUUACUGUAAUGUCUCCAAGUCACCACUGCAUCCAGUAGCUGGUGUUUGAAGAGAACUGGCUUUUAUAUGAUAUAAAACACUGGCUUUCACAGAUUUUGUAUUGCUUUUUUCCAGUUUUGCAGAAAAUUUAAAUUGUAGUUAUCUUCAGUAAAGUAGACGUUGUAAAUAAUUUAUGAAUGGCAGUACAUAUUAAAGGGUAUACACUGACAGCAUACCAAUGUGCUGUUGUAUUUGCUGAAGAAAAUACUGUCUUCUAUUUUUAAUGAUAUAUUAGGUACGAUGUGUAGUUCUGUAGAACCUUAAAUUUUUGUACUACUUCCAAUUUGGUGGAAAUGUAUUAAGUUGUCUACCAUGCUUUUUUUUCUCUAACUUGAUUAAAUCCCAUCAAAGAAAAGGGGACCACAGUAUUUGAAUGUGUGAAAAUCUGUAUGACAAGGUUUUAAGAAUGUUGCUCAUAAUGUUGAACAUCUGUUAAAGAAUAAAAGAAUGGUUGCCUCAAACUAUUUUCAUGAGAAGUUGUAAACUUUUUUUUAGAUACAAAACAGUAUAAAGUACUUAUUGUUAUUUUAUUCUGAUGUUUAAAAUUCUCCAUGAUUUUGACUGCUGCUGAUUCUUAAGCAGAUUAAUUUAUGUUUUGAGGUAAAAUGCAAUUUACACUUUCUUAAAACAAAUGUGGGUUUCUAUAUUAAGCAUAUUUUGUGACUACUAAUUAUUAACAGAUUGAUUUGUUUAGAUAUUAAAUGCUUUAAGCUAUUUUACCUUUUCAAGAAGUUGUGUUUUUUUUCCCCUCCUGCCUUGAAGUCAACCCAGUCUGGCAACUUGGUUUCUCACUACUAUUCAUAGUAAACUACAACCAAGUAGUUUUCCUAGUAAUACAUAUAUUUUUAUUGGUAGGGGAGUUAAAGUUUAUAUCUAGAACCAGGUGGUUUUUGUAUUUGCAGAUUUCAGAAGAAUGUGGAGAAGACUAGAGAGCCAUGGUCAGUUCUUUAAUGAUUGUACCCAUGUGAAUUGCAUCUGUUGGUAAUGAAGUAGAAUCUCAUUUGUGUCUUAGGUGGUUCCUAGGUAGCCUUUGGCUUUGUAGAUGUUGCACACUGAGCAGUAAUGGUGAUGAUAUACAGAAAAGAAGAGGCAUCUCUUAUUCACUAGUUGUUUUGGACUUGGAGGGUUGAAAAUAAGCACAAUUUAAGUUUGUAAAAGUUAUUUUGUAGUUUAGGAAUAAUAGUUUAGUUUCCUGUGCUUGAACUGAAAUAAUCAGGGAUGUUUGUGUUUUGCCAGAUAACCUUUUAAAAUUGUUUUUUGGGGAUGGCUCAUUGGAUACCAGGGCAAAAUCUAUAUUUUGUAAGUUGGCUAUCUUUAUAUAUUGUGGAGAGCAAUAACAUAAGUAAAUUGUAAAACCAUCUUCAAGUUUCUUCUGUGCUGUAUUUUGUGAACCAAUGCUUACCAGAAAAGUGAGCCAGACAUUAGAAUAAAUACAUUUCUGAAAUACA